UUUUUUUAAGAAAAAAAAAAGAAGUAACUGGUUUACAAAACAAAAAUAAACGCAUUCACUCUUUUAAUUAUAUAAAAUGCCAUCAAGAAGUCUUCACGACGUUCCUCUUGCCGCUUGGCAAUGGCAAGGUCCAUUGAGUAGAUUCUUUCUGAUUUUAAUAAUAUUUUCAUGGGGGCUUUUUCUCGAGUUUUGUGGUUCGCAGCCCGAUUAUUAUCCUGAACUUAAGUACUUGAUGAACUUAGGAUCAUUUAUUGUGGCGCUUGUAGUUGGCGCUCUGGCUCAAACGACGCUCGCUCAUAUGUUUGCUUACUUACAAGGUUACUUUUUACUUAAAAAACAAGGAAUUCCUCUUCAAGCCAUCAUGAGCGGAGAACAAACUCCAGCACGAGUUUUAAUAGCAUGUUUAAUAAUAUUUCGACGAACACGAUAUAAUAAACAAAGACAUGGAAGCUUCUUUCAGAUAAUUUCAUAUAUAAGUGUCUUAUUAAUAUACAUUUUAAGUGUUGGUAUUGGUGCAUAUGCUGCAUCUAAGUUGGGAGAACCUUACAUUUUUUAUAAUGCUCCAAUUAUGUGGGCGCAAGCUCCAACACAAGGGAUAAGAGACAGUCUUCUUAAUGCAUUUAUACCAGAAAAUUCCAUCGAUGGAAUAACCGUGAUACAAUAUAAUUCAUUGUCUAGCUGGGUUGAUAAAACUAGAGGACGUGAAAUUGAAGUGCCAUUUCUGCCACAAACGUGGACUACAUCAACAAAUGCGACAGCAAGUGGUAACCUUAAAGAUAAAGAUGGUCUAAUGAAGUGGAACUUGGAAUUGGAAUUGGAUAAUGCUAACUUACAAUACUUAACUGCACAAUGCAAUGUUAAUCCAGAUCCUCCCUGCAAUAAAGAUCAAAUAGUAAGGGGGACAACAAUUAGUUUGAUGGCUGGUAAAGAAAAUAAAACCAUUUCAUGGAAAUUGUGUGAUUUGCCUCGUGACCAAGGCUCGGUACAAUUGGAUUGUAAGAUAACUCUAAAACAAGGACUCUUUCCUCGCGUAACAAUUGGGUUUCCAAAUAAUGGUCCUCGUGAUGAAAAUCUUGCAGAAGUUUUGUUACGAAAGAAUGAGUUAACAGAUUUAAAUGAACUUACAGAUGAGCUAUUUGAUGCAAUGGAAGAGGCUUAUUCACGCCCUGAUUAUAAACCUGACAUAAUUUCCAACAAUGUUAUAAAACAACUGGUUAGUGGAUGGAAUUGUGAGGGAAACAACACUUGUGCACAGCGUGUUGGAGCCUCAGCAGCUGUGAGGUAUACUGGUGCAUUAUUAGAGUCCGCAGCUAAUCUGUAUCCCAUAGAUUAUUCAAUUGAAUUGGAUGAUUAUGUAGUAAAUAGCAAAUCAACUGGGUUCUUAACGGCAACGCAUAAAGUGUGUAUAGGAGGUAACAAUCCAAUGUUAAUGGUCGGUUUAACGAUAUCUAUACCAUUAUUAAUGAUGAUUGUUGAGUUAAUACCACUGUUGUUUAAUAAUAAAGUGUGGUGGCUGGCAUCUGAUAUUGGAUAUAAACAUAUAGCUUUGAUACGAAGUGUUACUAACAUUGGUUUUUUAGAACGCACUACUCGUCCUGGUGAAAUUCCAUGUCAAACGAUUGUUAGGUUUAAUCCCGAUGAUGAUGAUCAUUUUGGUCUAUCAACUUAUGAACCAUCACCAUCAAAAAAGGUGUUGGUGUAACAUUUGUUUAUUUGUAGUACACUUGCACGAACUUGCACGUUGUUUAAUUUAUUUCCAUAAUCAGUAAAUUUAGUAGCAAAUUAUUAUUAUUAUUUUUUUUACUAAAUUAGUUUAAUAAAAAUAAUUAAUAAAAAUAGAGAUCGUUUUGACCAGAUUUAUCCUAGUAUGUUUUUAACCUA